ACCACAUGGCAUGUGGGAACUUAGUUCCCCCACUAGGGAUCCAACCCGGCCCCCUACAUUGGAAGCGCAGAGUCUUGACCACUGGACCACCAGGCAAAUAUCCAAAGGAAUGAGCAUGAUUCAUGAAUUUUUCUCAUUAAUCUUCAUAACAACAGUAUAAGAGAAAUGCACUGCAACCUGAAUACCUCAAAGGGCUGACCCACCAGAUAAAUGGAAUAUUUCCUGCCAUAUCAGUAAACAAAGGAUGUCACAGUCAUCAAUGAUUGCAGCCCUCCAAUGUGAGCCAAUGAGCUGGUGAGCCCUGGGGAAACUCAGGGCUGAAAAGAAUACCUGCCAUCUAGCAGCCAUCAGACUGCAGCCACUCCCUGUGGCACUACAGAGAUCUGGGAGACCUGACUGUGGUAAGAAUCCUCAUCCUUCACCAGCUUCUGCCAGUUUUUCCAGGAUCCCUUCUGGAGGCUCUGGAGCAUGAGAAUUUGUCUGUUCUCUGGGGUGGAAUCUGUCAAGCCUCGAGAGAAGUCUGUGCCUGCUGUGCUGGGCUGUCAGAGCCAACCUGCUCGCUCCAGGAGGUGAUGGGGAUCCCCUCAUUCCUAGUCCUCCCUGCUGCCAGGAGUGACCGAGCUGACUGCACACCCUGCCAUCCUUCGGGCCACAUGCUACUGUGGACGGCUCUGCUAUUCCUGGCUCCUGUUGGGAAACCUGCAGGUCUCCCGAAGGCUGUGGUGAACAUUCAGCCUGCGUGGAUCAGUGUGCUCAAGGAGGAUUAUGUGACGCUGAUGUGUCAGGGGACCGACUUGUAUGAAGGCAACCUCACCCAGUGGUUCCAUAAUGGGAGCUUCAUCCAGAGCCAGAACCAGCCCAGCUAUAGCUUUAAGGCCAGCAGCAAUGACAGCGGAGACUACAGGUGUCAGAGAGAGCAGACCAGCCUCAGCGACCCUGUGCAUCUGGAUGUGAUUUCCGACUGGCUGCUGCUCCAGACCCCUAGCCUCGUGUUCCAGGAAGGGGAGCCCAUCAUGCUGAGGUGCCACAGCUGGAAAAACAGCCCUCUGAAUAAGGUCAUAUUCUUCCAGAAUGGAAAAUCCAAGACAUUUUCCUAUUUGCGUUCCAACUUCUGUAUCCCACAAGCGAACCUCAGUCACAGUGGCGAGUACCACUGCACGGCAUUUAUCGGGCAGACACUGCACUCAUCACAGCCUGUGACCAUCACUGUCCAAGGUCCGGCAAUUCUAUUCAUCAUUCCACCUUGGUAUCAAAUCGCUUUCUGCCUGGUGAUGGGGCUCCUUUUUGCAGUGGAUACAGAGCUGUAUUUUUCUGUGCAGAGAGACCUUCAAAGCUCAGUGGGAGACUGGAAGAACUGCAAAGUCAGAUGGAGCCAAGGCCCUCAAGAUAAAUGACCCCUUAUUCCCACGGUGUAACAGCAGUGGCAGCAGCAUCUCUUCAGGCCAUAACUUUCCUCUUCCCCUGGCCCCAUCUUGACAGCAACGUGGGCUACGGAGCCUCCAGGGAAAGAAAAGGCCUGUGAUCUCCAGAGCUAAAAUCCUAAUAGGCCCUACCUUCACUGAUUUCCCUAAGGCCAAGGCACAGUCACAGCCCACCCAGCUCUACAAGGACUCAGAGCAAAUGUGUUUUCACAGAUCCUUGACAGAGGUUCUUCAAAUAUAUGAAACCUCAGGAAAUCCUGCUUCUACUUUCAAAAUAAAUCCAACAAUCUGACCACUUCUCAGUACUCUACUACUAGCAUCUUGGUCCAAGCCACCAUCACCUCACUUGAAUUACUGCUCUCCCUGCACUCACCCAUGACACCUGACAGUCCAUUCUCACCAUAACAGCCAAUGUGUGUUGUAGGUCUCCUUGAUCAUUCGGUAUAACCCCACUCCUCCACCAUCUCCUAAUCCCGCUCUCCUGCUUUAUUUUCCCCAUUGUACUCAUCACCAACUGGAGUACCAUAUGUUCACUUGUUUAAUUGUUUACUGCUGUAUUUUUCCCCUGUUGUAUGUAUCACCAACUGACUACCCCCUGUCCCAUUAGAAUACGCUCCAGGAGAGCAGGGCCUUUGUCUGUUUUGUUCACUACCAUAUACUUAGAGUCAAGGUCAAUGUCUGGCACUUGAUAAAGCACUCAAUACAUAUUUGUGGAAUGAGUAAAUUCUUUAGCAUUUGAAAUUAGAGACUUUUUUUAGGUAUAUCUACUCCAUCUUCCCAGAAGCAGAGGUCCAAUUCAAUACUAUUGAACACCCUAUUAGAUACUACCCAAUAUAUACCACCAGUACAUGCAUUUCAGCUUUGAAUAUAUUUGCCUAAACUCAGUAUUAUUUACUUUCACCCAUCACAUCUUUUAAAGUAGUAUAUCAGUUGGACCUACUUCCCUUUAAUUGAAUUGACUUCCUAAGCCUGUAGAGUAGCAUUGUGAGAGGCAUACUGAAAAGAGAGCCAAACAACCUGGAUUUGUGUUUCAUUUCUACAUUUGCUAGCUGGUUUGUCUUGAAGAAUUCAUUUAACUAUUUUAUGAAUUAGAUUCUUCUUCUGUAAAAUGGUAAUAUCUUUAUCUCCCUCCCCAGGAAUAUCGUGUGACGUUAAAAUGUAACAACAUAUAUGGAAGCGUAAUGUCUUUGGAACAUAAUAGGCGUUUAAUAAA